AUGCCCAGCAUCACCUGGACUGAUGUUUACACAAUCCAGUCCAUUCCAAAGAUGCUGUGGAACGAUGUCGUGCUGACCACUCCUGUGACUGGACGGUUUGUUCGCUUCCUGUCUCCUUCCGGUAACUGUCAGAUGCAAGAGAUGCAGGUGGUUGGCCAGUUGGUGGCCCCAUCUGACAGCUGUGAGGUUGCCGUGCGAAACGUGAGAUCCUUGACCGGUCCAAAUUUGCACAUGGACCUUGGAAGGUUGGCUUGGCGCGGUGGUAUCCACCAAAGAGAGAAGUUUCAACAGACCAUGACUGAGUGGGUGCACAACGCAGAUGUCAAAAUCACCUUCAGUGUGAGCUCAACGCCAACUGUGACUCACAUCUCACCAAUAAAUGGCACCGCCAGGGGUGGCACAAGCGUCACCAUUUAUGGCAGCAACUUUGGUCCUGCUUGGGUAGUCAACAGCCCAGUGAAUGGCACUGAAACUCCUGUGGAGGUUCAGUUCAACGGAUACCCCUGCAUCGUCCAGCAGGUAAGCAACAGCAGCGUGGUUUGCGUCACCGUGCCUCGCAGCGAUGGCAUUUUCCCUGCGAGUAUGAGGGUCACAGUGGAAGGUGCAGGCAAUGCAUGGAUCCGCCCGGGAACACGCUUCCGCUACUUGGAUCGAUGGUCUUUGCUGGAUACCUGGGCCAAUCAGGAGCCGCCGAUUGAAGAUGCAUUGGUGUCAAUUCCCUCGGGACAGGCGAUUCUCUUGGAUGAGGACACGCCAGUCUUGCUGAUCCUGACGGUUGAAGGUGUCUUGGUUUUUGACAACAAGGACGUCCACUUGCAAGCGACCUACAUUUGGGUGAAGGGCGGAACCAUGGAAAUCGGCACUGAAGAGAAGCCGUUCCUGCACCGGGCCCUGAUCACUCUGCAUGGACAGAAGUAUGAGACCAUUCGUCUGCCGGUGAUUGGCGGAAAAGUCUUGGCGGUGUCAAAUACGCAGUUUACCAUUCGGGAACUGGGCGACAAUGCCGUGGAGGAAGGUGAUAUCGGCGCGUUGGACAUCCAUGGAAGGCCGCGCUUGAAGGUGUGGACGCGCUUGGCCCAAACAGCUGAGAAGGGCGACACAGUCAUCGUUCUGCAGGACAUUGUGGAUUGGAAGGCGGGCGAGGAGUUGAUGGUCGCUGCCACUGACAUCCCUCACAAGCAUUUCAAUGGCAACGGAUUGCAUGGAGCACCGCCUGUUGAUUUCCACAAUGAGCCUUGCACUUGGCCGCGCGUGUAUAUUCAAAGCGUCGCGACGGAUAUGAAGACCAUCACCUUGACAACUCCAUUGAAGUAUACGCACAUCUCCACGAACUACCGAAGACCGUUGGACGAUGAGUUCAUCGACCUCUCCGCCGAGGCACACUUGAGGUAUCACUCUGAGCGUGACCAAUGGGGCGGACACACCAUGGUGCUGCUCUCGGGCAGAGGGUUCUAUCGCUUGGGCCAGACAGGUGAGGUGUCAAGGUACCCGAUCCACUUCCACAUCACGCAGGACUACGGACAGAACUGCUACGCACGCUACAACUCCAUUCACCACAGUUUCCAACGAGCCGUGGCCAUUCACUCCACGAACUACGUGAACGUGAAGGGCAACGUGGCCUUCGACAUCAUUGGACACAUGUUCUUUGUGGAAACAGGUAUGGAGAUGCACAACACAUUGGAAGGCAACCUGGCUGUGGGAGCUAUUCCACUGUUGUCUGGAAUGUUGGAAAGUGACCAGGAGCCUGCUGGCUUUUGGACUGCAGCUCCCAACAAUGUUUGGAGAGACAACGUCGCUGUCACUGGAUCUGAUGGCUGGUAUUUCCAGCUGAUGGGAUGCUCAGCCUUUCAUGCAAAAGCUGACGGGUCAUUUUGUCGAGGAGACGAGAAAUUUUGGCACAGGCCGGACACUCCAAUUUCACACAAUAUGGACAUCUACAAGGACAGCAUUUGCCCCAAGGGCACGCGCAUUGGUGAAUGGAGACGGAACCGUUGCCAUCACUUACCUGGAAGCUGCAUCCGCAUCUACCUCACAUGGAUUCCUCGCAAGGACGCCGAAAGGUAG